GAACUCGAGAAAAUAAUGAGCAAGCAGGGAGAAUGAGAUUUGUUGAAACAGGAACGGGAGCCAAUAAUAGGAAAAUUUAUCCAGAUUUUUUUUCUGAACAACAAUAUGAAAGGAUAAAAAAUGCAUUAGGAGAUAAUGUUUCAUGUAAGGUGCCUGGUUGUUAUAAUAACUAUGCUGAUACUCUUAAAUAUAAUGAAGCCGAGGAGGUUAGAGUAAUCAAUGAUCGUUGUGGUUAUCAUCGGAGAAUGGAAAAUGGGGAUUUGCCGCCUUCUCACCAAGAAACAGGAGACCAAAAUACCGAUAAUAAUCCGGAAAGAGAACGAAUAAAACGAAUAGUCAGAAACGCUCUUCAAAAUAAUAAUGAAUUAAAAAAAAUGCUUCAG